AUGGGGAAACACACGGCGACGCCUGCGAUCCUGUUUUUUGGGUUCCUGUUGGUGAUCGGCGCCUCCUCCUCGCCCUCCUUCUCUGCAGACGGCAUAGACCAGAAGAGCUCCUUGAGGGCUGGGCUAUCCCUCUUCUCCUCUGGUGGGAGUUUCCAGCUGGGGUUCUUCAACCUGGGCGUCCCCGCGAAGAGGUACCUCUGCAUACGUUUUAACAGAGGCAACGAGAAGCCCGUUGUCUGGGUGGCAAAUAGGGAUUCGCCGCUCAACGGCAGCGACGGGAUCCUGAGGUUUGGUGGAGAUGGAAACCUUGUACUUGUCGACAAGGCCGGCAACAUCGCCUGGUCAACAAAUCUGAAUUCCAGCACCGGCGGCAAUCGUGUGGCCCGGCUUCUGGAGACCGGGAACUUCGUUAUCCAUGACGCCGGCAGAGUGCUUUGGGAAAGCUUUGAUGAACCAGGGGAUACGCUGCUCCCUGUCAUGAAGCUUUCGAUCAACACGAAGACCGGUGCCAGCAAGCACCUUACUUCGUGGAAAGCCAACGAUGACCCGUCCCCAGGGAAGUACUCCUACAGGCUAGUGGUGGAAAAAUUACCGACCUGUGUUCUGCUCGAAGGGUCGAAGCUGAAGUUUACCCCAGGUAUGUGGAACGGGGUCAGAUUCACGGGUUCGCCGUUUCAUAAUGCCAACAACUUCUUCAACUCUAGCGUCGUCUCCUCCGGAGACGAAGUGUAUUACUCAGACAGCCUGAUAGCCGGUACUAGUUCUUCACGGCUUGUACUGACCCCCACUGGCGAGCUCAAGCGCUAUGCGUGGAGUGAUGAAGGCGAUAGCUGGACCGUGUUGUGGACUGUGCCGUGGGAAUGCCAGGACUACGGCCAAUGCGGGCCGUACAGUACGUGCACGGUGAGCGACUACCCCCACUGCCGUUGCCUCAGGGGCUUCCGCCCCAAGUCUCAGGAGGACUGGUCCCAGGGAAACUGUACAGGUGGGUGCGUGCGCAAUACCGCCUUGAGCUGCGGCGCCAGUGACGGUUUCCGGCCUGUGGUGUCUGUGAAACUCCCCGAGUUGUUAAAUGCCACAGUGACGACGAACAUGAGCCUGGAGGACUGUCGGGCCCGGUGUGCCAACAGUUGCAAUUGCACCGCCUACGGCAGCGGUGACAUCCGCAAAGGAGGGAGGGUUUGCGUAACCUGGGAAGGUGACCUGGUAGAUAUCGUGAACUUCACUUUCAACGGGCAGGAGCUCUUCCUUCGCGUCGCCGAUGCCAACAGCGGUACCUACUUUUCUUAAUCUCGUCCGAGUUAAAUUAGAAAUCUGACGCACUCCGCAUGACUUGACAGCUUCAAGAUGCCACAUAAAUCCCUUAGAUUGAUGAUUUUCAAUUUUGACGAGAGAACUGCCAGAUCUACCGAAUAUAAUAUUAAAAGCAUGCACAUGUGUACUUGAUAAUAUACCAAGUAUAUUAUCAGGCUUCGAGUUGACGUGAGCGAGAGUAUGGUGCCAUCGACCAGAGAGAGAGCUGUGAAUGGGCUAUCAGUUGAAAAGACCCAAUUAAAUUCUAUAAUUCCGUAAUUCUGUAAUUGAAUUCUUAAUACUGUAACAUGGCAGAGCUCCCAGAAUCGACCCUGAACCUGUUGACUACAGUAAACAGAUUGAGUGCGUUUCUUCCUCUACAGUCCUGAUGGGCCUGUAGCGUAAUAGCUAAGAAAAGGUGUUCUAAUUAGGGAUAUGUAACUCCACUUAUAAGCAUUUCCUAUUAGAUAAAAUUAAUUUUGCUUGGAUGAAUAUGCGCAGAUCCGACGUCAAGUUAUUUUCAAAGCAAAAAGAGAAAGAGAAAUGCUGCCAUAUUUGGCGCUGUCGGAGCCGUCACAGGAAUGGCUCUUCUUCUGCUGUGUGGAAUCUGGAUGAAGAAGAAGAUGACGCGCAACACGUUGAAUGGUAAUAUCAUAAGGCUUUCUUGAUCUUAUCACUCACUAACUGCCAGUAAAAAAGUUUAAAAUCCAAGUCGCCAUUCUCUCUCUCUCUCUCUCUCUCUCUCUUUCUAUCUCUACAAAUAUAUAUAUAUAUAUAUAUCUCUUGGUUCCUAGGUAAAACGGAGAACCCUCGUGAAAUUGCUGAUGGAGAUGACUCGGAUCUACCCUUCUUCGACUUUCGGACUGUAGCAACCGCCACCGAAAAUUUUUCCGUUGACAACAAGAUCGGAGUAGGAGGAUUUGGGACAGUGUACAAGGUAAACCAUCCGCCUCCUUGGCUCAGAUAAUUAUUACUUAUUUAUGCUUUAUUUUUAAAUAGCAUUUGGAUAAAAGUACACGUGCAAUGGGGGAAAGUGUAACUCAGAGAAAUUGCAAAGGCAGGGUACUUUGAAAGAUGGCCGGGAUAUAGCAGUUAAGCGGCUCUCAUGUGCCUCCGCACAGGGGGUUAGGGAGUUCAUGAACGAGGUAAAGCUAAUGGUGAAUCUUCAGCACAAGAACCUUGUUCGGAUGUUGGGUUGCUGUGUUCGAGAUAAUGAGAAAAUGUUGAUUUACGAAUACAUGCCAAAUAAAAGCCUGGACAACUUUAUAUUCGGUAAGUCAACUGAUUACAAUGGGAAUUACUGUUCGUAGACUCGAGAUACUCAGCUUCUGCUUAUUCACUCUUCUUCGUCAAUCUGUCUCUCUCUCUCCCACGGUGGACGAUACAUUAGAUGAAAUAAAGCGUGGAGAAUUGGGAUGGAGGAUGCGUUUGGACAUCAUCGUGGGAAUUGCUCGAGGACUUCAGUAUCUCCACCAUGACUCAAGAUUCAGGAUUAUCCACAGGGACCUCAAAGCCGGCAAUAUUCUAUUAGAUAAUGCAAUGAACCCAAAGAUCUCCGACUUUGGCACGGCGAGAAUUUUCGGAGCAGACCAGCAGACCGACAAUACUUGCAGAAUUGUUGGUACAUAGUAAGUUUUUUCUUCCGUGGUCAAUUAUAGAUCAUUAAUGAAAAGGAUGAACGAUAUACCCACUUGAAAAUGGCCAUCUUGAUUGGGCAAUGUGGAACAGUGGAUAUAUGUCUCCAGAAUACGCAAUAAGCGGCAUCAUCUCAGCGAAGUCAGACGUGUUCAGCUUUGGGGUUCUCGUGUUAGAGGUCCUGAGUGGUAUUAAAACCCGAGGAAUCUACCGCCCAGGAGACCCCCAAGUAAACCUUGCCUCUCAUGUAAGUGCACAGCGAGAGAGACAGAGAGAGAGAUCACUAUUUCUAUUUUCAUAAGAUUUCGGCCGAAGUGUUAAAGGGGUCUCUGUUAUCGUCCAUCGCAGGCGUGGAAACUAUGGCAGGAGGACCGCUGUUUGGGGCUACUUGAUCCAAUCGUGACGACUUGUCCGGAGAGAGAGCUACUGAGAUGCAUUCAAGUUGGUCUAUUGUGUGUGCAAGAGAGCCCGAGCGAUCGGCCAACCAUGUACGAAGUCGUGACGAUGCUGACUAGCGAGAAUGUUCUAUUGCCAGAACCAAAGAGACCGGGUUUCUUACUUCUUCAGUGUCCCACACAAAGUUCCUCCAGCACACAUCAGCCUUUCAGCCCUAAUGAAACAACCAUGAGUGUCGUUGAGGGUCGUUGA